CUCUCUCUCUCACACACACACACACACACACACACACACACAGGUCUACAUUGGUCAGAUUACAUUCCACCUUUCACACACAUUCUGUAUCAGAUAACAGAGGCAGAAUGGAAGCAGAAGGUACAGAGUUUUUCAGCAGUACUGCAGGGAAUCAUUUAUCUUCUGGCAUUACCCAGAAAGAGGAGAAGAUUGAGAAAAGCACUCAAAAGGAACCAGGAGAACAUGGACCUCCUUGUGAGGACGACGUGUAUUGUGACUCGUGUAUCGAAAGUCCAUGUAAAGCCAAGAAGUCGUGCCUGACCUGCCUGGUUUCCUACUGCGAGGAUCAUCUCAGGCCACAUCUGGAAAAGGAGAAGUUUCAGAGCCACCGGCUUGUGGAGCCUCUGAAAGAUGUGGAGAUACGCAUGUGUGAGGCACACAACCUACCGAUGGAGCUGUACUGCUGUGUGGAGACCUGCUGUGUGUGUCAGAAAUGUGUGUCCGAGAUACACAGUGGACAUGAAACCCUGUCGAUUACAGAGGCACGCCGGAAAAAUGAGAAAGAGCUGCAGGAGAAACAGAUGGAACUGGUGAAGAUGGUGACAACAGCUGAGAAAUCCAUUAACAAACUGCAGAGCUGCAUUGUGUCUGUAGAGGCAUGUGUGUGUGAUGUGCAGGCUGUGCUCCAGCAGCAGGUAGGUCGGCUGCAGGCGGGGGUGGAGGAGGUGAGGGUGGAGCUCACUAAGGUGUUGGAGGAGGAGCAGAAACACACACUGGAGCAGGUGGGUGGAGCUCGUGUGUGUGUGGAGCAGCGAUGUGAUGAGCUAAAGAGGGCAAACACACAACUGGAAAAACUCAGCAAGACCAAGAACAACAUAGAUUUCCUGCAGGAAUACUCUCAGUGGAGGAAGACAAGUUCAGAUGUGUCUCUGCCUGAUGUGUGUGUGGCUCAGACAGAUCGUCUUCAGGCUUUCGGCCGCAUCAUCACACACACCACGCAGGAGAUGUGUGACACACUGCUCAAGGCAUACUGCAAUUCGCUGAAAGAGACCUUAAAUAAUAAACUCAACCAGAGAGACUUUUAUCCUCUCAGUCCUGUACUGCUGAACAUGUCCCCGUCUGAGCCUCGGAGCAGAGACGACUUCCUGAACUAUGCGUCUUCGUUGAUGUUCAGUGGUGACACGGUGCACCAGUUCCUGCGCCUGACUGAGCAGGGCAGGAAGCUGACCAACACCACGCCCUGGCAGCACAGCUACCCUGCGCACCCUGAGCGCUUCAUGCACUGGAAACAGGCUCUGACAGCUCAGAGCUUCUCCUCCGGGCGCCAUUACUUUGAGACGGACGUGAGCGGCGCAGGGGUUCAUGUGGGCGUGACGUACGAAGGGAUCCCGCGUCAGAGCGACCAAAGCGAAGCGUGCGUCACAGGAAGCAGCAUCUCCUGGUGCGUUGAGUGGAGUGGGCGUGGCUUCUCGGCCUGGCAUGGAGGUGUGGAAACGCCCCUGAAUGCCCUGAAAGCCACCAGGCUGGGCGUGUACAUGGAUUUCUGGGGUGGUGCGGUGGCAUUUUACAGAGUGUGUGGAGAAGCAGAAGAAGGGGUGGAGCUGCUGCACCGGUAUGAUGUGGAGCUCAGAGAGCCGCUGUACGCCGCUGUGUUCCUUCCGAAGAAGGAGAACGUUGUGGUGCUGGUGGAACCGGGAGAGGAGCUUCCACUCAAGAGUCCCUCACCUCCAUGUUCUCCACCAUGACCACACAUCACCUAUCCCUGUCCUAAACCCCAUCAUAUCAUCAAACUCUUUCAUCUACAAAAACAAAGUCAAAUGAAAUACCAAUGCACUCAUGUGGCAGCAUUUAUUUUAUUAUAUGAAUAAAUGAAUG